AACAAAGGAACAUUCUCUCAAAUUCUUGAUAUUUCACCUUCUUUUCCGGGAUCUCAGAAAACAAAAAAGUUUGUCAAGAUGAACGGAUUCACGAGAUUGAGUACAAAGGAGAAGGAGGUUGAUCUAGAGGCCGGAAAUGGAGAGACUCUCUAUCCCGGUUUGAGCGUCGGCGAGAAUGAAUUGCGGUGGGGAUUGAUCCAGAAAGUUUACGGGAUUCUCUCAAUUCAGCUUAUAUUAACCACAAUUGUGUCUGCUGCUACGGUUCUUUAUGCUCCUAUCAAUUCUCUUCUUGGCGAGAGCCCUGGUCUCCUUUUGCUCCUCUGCAUCGUCCCCUUCGUUUUGCUGUGGCCGUUGCACGUUUAUCACCAGAAGCACCCUGUCAACCUGAUUAUCCUCGCUCUCUUUACUGUGUCGCUGAGCCUUUUGGUUGGAGUAAGCUGUGCUCAAAUAGAAGGGAAAAUUGUGCUUGAAGCACUAAUUUUAACCUCAGCUGUGGUUUUAUCUCUUACUGCAUACACUUUCUGGGCUGCUAAGAAGGGUAAAGACUUCAGCUUUCUGGGACCAAUUUUGUUCACCAGCCUUAUCAUUCUCAUCCUCACCAGUUUCAUCCAGGUAUUCUUCCCUCUCGGCUCAACAUCUAAUGCUAUCUAUGGCGGAAUCAGUGCUCUGAUAUUCAGUGGAUAUAUAAUUUAUGACACCGACAACCUGAUCAAGCGCUUCACUUAUGAUCAGUAUAUUUUGGCCUCUGCUGCUCUCUACCUCGACAUUCUCAAUCUAUUCCUUUCGAUUUUGCGUGUUCUGAGUCAAAGAAACAAUUAGGUCUGUACAGUACAGGAUAAUCCUUCGGCAGCUGGAUUAGCAUGCAAACUAUAUUGUCAUAAAAACUGAAUUGGAUUAAGACUGGAUAAUUGCUUGGUGUACAUUUCUGAUUUCUAGUAAACUUCCAGUGCUGAGAGGUGCUGUUUAUUGAA